ACUAAACUCAGUGCUCAGAGCUCAGGAUUCAUCAUGUCUAAAGUGUGGAUUGGGCUGCUGGUAUGUGUGUGUGUCUGUCUGCGUGUUACAGCACAACCGAGUCUUACGACGUUUUUUCUUGAUAAUGGUGAUGAUGAUGAUGAUCAGACAGAGGAAGAGAAGCCAGAUCUAAGGAGUCAUGAGAUCGAGAUGCAGAAUGUGACGAUUGACUGCAAGGUGGUGUCCAGAUUUGCCCACACAGUCAUGACAUCCACGGCUCUGAACAAGGCCAACGUCUCACAGGAAGUCUUCUUCGAGGUGGAGUUACCCAAGACGGCCUUCAUCACCAACUUCAGCAUGGAGAUUGAUGGAAAGUCCUAUGUAGGAGAGGUCAAAGAGAAAGAGAAGGCCAAGAAGGAGUAUGAGACGGCUGUGUCCUCUGGACAUACAGCUGGACUGGUAAAAGCUUCAGGCCGAAAAAUGGAGAAGUUUUCUGUCUCUGUGAACAUUGCAGCCAACAGCAGUGUCACAUUCACGCUUACGUAUGAGGAGCUCCUUCAGCGCCGGCUUGGCAAAUAUGAGCUCAUGAUCCGAGUCAAACCCAAACAGCUGGUCCAGCACUUUGAGAUUGUUGCUACCGUCUAUGAGCCCCAGGGCAUUACAUUUCUGGACACCAAUGUCACAUUCAUCACUAAUGACCUGCUCCCUCUAGUGGAGAAAACAGUCACUGAUAAAAAGGCCCGUGUGUCCUUCUCUCCAACUUUGGACCAACAGAGGAAAUGCCCAGGCUGUGAUGGUACACUUAUAGAUGGGGAUUUCAUCAUCACAUAUGAUGUCAAACGUGAAGAGGAUUGGGGUGAUAUUCAGAUCGUGAAUGGUUACUUUGUACACUUCUUUGCCCCAAGUGAUUUGCAACAAUUGCCAAAGAAUGUAGUGUUUGUAAUAGACAGGAGUGGCUCCAUGGAGGGAAGAAAAAUGACACAGACUCGAGAAGCACUCUUGACCAUUCUAGAUGACCUAUAUGAGGAAGAUCACUUUGGUCUGGUCAUAUUUGACAGUGAGAUUGAAACAUGGAGACCAUCACUGAGCAAAGCUACAAAAGAAAAUAUAAAAGAAGCAAAACAAUAUGUCAGACAUAUAAGAGCAAGGCACAUGACGGAUAUCAAUGGAGCUGUUUUACAUGCGGUUGACAUGCUGAGUACAGCCAAGAGAAACAACUCCGUUCCAGACAGCAGCCCCUCCAUGAUCAUCCUACUGACUGACGGAGACCCAACUGCUGGAGAGAGGAAUCCAUCUGUGAUCCAACAAAAUGUCCGCAAUGCUACUGGCGGAAACAUGAGCCUGUUCUGCUUGGGAUUUGGCUAUGAUGUACACUAUGGUUUUCUGGAUGUGAUGGCCAACCAGAACGACGGUUUGGCUCGGAGAAUCUACGAAGCCUCAGAUGCCGCACUACAGUUGCAGGGUUUCUAUAGAGAAGUGGCAAGUCCGCUCCUCUUAGACGUGAAUCUGCAUUAUCCAAACAGCAUGGAGAAUUCCUUGACUACAAACCAGUUCAGGCAGUUCUUUGGUGGCUCAGAGAUUGUAGUCGCUGGCCGAUUGAACGACUCUCAAGCGGACACGUUUCUCGUUGAUGUGUCAGCCCAAAUGCUGGGGGAGCCUUUUAUGGUCCAGGGCCAGGCCCAUGCUGAGGAGUGGGUUGCCAUGUUCCCUGAGCAAGAGUACAUUUUUGGAGAUUUCAUUGAGCAUCUCUGGGCAUAUUUGACCAUCCAACAACUCUUGAACAAACAAGACAAGUGUACACCCCAGGAAUGUGAGAAUGUCACCGCUGAAGCACUGGAACUCUCACUAAAAUACAACUUUGUCACUCCACUCACAUCCAUGGUGGUCACUAAGCCGGAAACUAACACAACAUCAGAAGAUACAUUAAUUGCUGACAAACUGACAGAAGACCAACGUCUGGACUUUCCUGAUUUGCUCCAAUCGCAAACACACUCUGGUAUAAUUGCAAUGGGAUCUAGAGCAUCUCUAUCCACUGGCAGUGCAUCUGUACAUAAUCUUUUGCACAACAGUCAUUUAGUUGUGAUAGGUCCGAAAGGUAUGGGUUUGGUUGAUGGAGAUCCUCACUUCAUCAUUGAGUUGCCAGAUCGGAAUGAUGCUCUGUGCUUCAAUACUGAUGAUAAACCAGGCACCAUCUUCAACCUAGUGAAAGAUCCAGUCUCAGGAUUGGUGGUGAAUGGGAAAACCAUUGGAGACAAGAAGGUGGAGCCUGGGAGCAAGCAGCACACCUACUUUGGUCAAUUUGGGAUUGUUCAUGAGAAAUUGGGUAUCAGAUUAAUGGUGACAACCCAAAAGAUCAUAGUGUCUGAGCAUGGCAUAGAACAACAAUUUGAUUGGUCACAAACAUCUAAUGUUAAAGGUGUAAACCUGGACCUUCGGGUAACCAAAGAUUACCGUCUCACAGUGACCCUGAAGGACACCUUGAAGUUUAUCAUCAUUUUGCACAAAGUGUGGAAGAUGCAUCCCUACCACCAAGACUACCUGGGCUUUUACACCCUGAACAGCCACAUACUUUCAGAAAGAGUCCAUGGUCUUCUUGGACAAUUUUUCCAUGGGUUAACAUUUGAAGUUAGUGAUGUCUUUCAAGGGAAAGAUCCAGACAAACCAGAUGCCACCAUGUUUGUGAAGGGUCACAAUCUCACAGUGACCAGGGGCUGGCAGAGAGACUUCAGAAAGUAUAUGAAGAAAGGAGAAAAUGUGCCCUGUUGGUUUAUUCAUAACAACGGCACAGGGCUCAUCGAUGGAGUCCUCGGAGAUUAUGUUGUCUCUGGUCUCUUUACAACUGUCUGAGAGGGAAAAGGAAAAAGGGACUACAGAAUUCCUGACUGGACUGUAGACAUAUUUCAUAUUUUCCCCCUUUUUUAUUAUUGAAAGUAUGACAUUUGGAAUUGAAAAAGUACCUGAUCAUAAACCAGUAUAACAGGAAUGUUUCUAACAAACACUGAGAGGACUUUGUUAUUGACUUUGUACACAUUCUCUUCUGAUAAAACGUUUCUGAUAACUGUCCAGAUUAAAUUGGUUUUGUGUCUGUUUUAUUCAUAUAAAUGUAGUCGGUUUAUUUAUUUAUUUUUUUGCUCAUAAUGAAUUGAAAUUUUGUCAAAUAAGCUAAUUAGAAAAAUUGAGAAACAAACAGUGAAGCAAAAUAGAAAUGCAGUGAUAGCAGAAAGGUGAAAUAAGUAUUCACUCACUUUUAUUUAAAAAAAAGACAAAGAAAAGAAAAGAAAGAAUUAUUUACAAUAAAAUGCACACAGAUCACACAGUCAAACUGGGAAAAAAAUAUAAACCUGGGCGAUAUGUGCCACUUACUAGUAUUGCUUAAACUUACUAAUGCAGUACACAGUGCAAAUCUUUUGUGCCAAAUUAAACAUAAAACAGACUAUUGAUUUUGGGCACGAUUGGACAUUGAGCUAGCAAAGAGCACGCACGAUCAUUGACCUCAUCAUCAGAAGUCCUGUUUUAUU